CGGCGGCAGCAGCGGCGCCCCGCGCAGGCUGGAGGCCGCCGAGGCUCGCCAUGCCGGGAGGACUUUAGCUCCCCCAUGGAGUCGGCCGACUUCUACGAGGCGGAGCCGCGGCCCCCGAUGAGCAGCCACCUCCAGAGCCCCCCGCACGCGCCCAGCAGCGCCGCUUUCGGCUUUCUCCGGGGCGCGGGCCCCGCGCAGCCCCCAGCCCCACCUGCCGCCCCGGAGCCGCUGGGCGGCAUCUGCGAACACGAGACGUCCAUCGACAUCAGCGCCUACAUCGACCCGGCCGCCUUCAACGACGAGUUCCUGGCCGACCUGUUCCAGCACAGCCGGCAGCAGGAGAAGGCCAAGGCGGCCGCGGCCCCCGCAGGAGGCGGCGGCGACUUUGACUACCCGGGCGCCCCCGUGGGCCCCGGCGGCGCCGUCAUGCCCGGAGGGGCGCACGGCCCCCCGCCCGGCUACGGCUGCUCGGCGGCCGGCUACCUGGACGGCAGGCUGGAACCCCUGUACGAGCGCGUCGGGGCGCCGGCUCUACGGCCGCUGGUGAUCAAGCAGGAGCCGCGCGAGGAGGACGAGGCGAAGCAGCUGGCGCUGGCCGGCCUCUUUCCCUACCAGCCUCCGCCGCCGCCACCACCACAGCACUCACACCCGCCUCCCGCUCACCUGGCCGCCCCGCACCUGCAGUUCCAGAUCGCGCACUGCGGCCAGACCACCAUGCACCUGCAGCCCGGCCACCCCACGCCGCCGCCCACGCCCGUGCCCAGCCCGCACCCAGCGCCCGCGCUCGGCGCCGCUGGCCUGCCAGGCCCCGGCGGCGCGCUCAAGGGGCUGGCCGUCGGGCACCCAGACAUCCGCGCGGGCGGCGGCGGCGGCGGCGCGGGCAAAGGCAAGAAGUCCGUGGACAAGAACAGCAACGAGUACCGGGUACGGCGCGAGCGCAACAACAUCGCGGUGCGCAAGAGCCGGGACAAGGCCAAGCAGCGCAAUGUGGAGACGCAGCAGAAGGUGCUGGAGCUGACCAGUGACAAUGACCGCCUGCGCAAGCGGGUGGAACAACUGAGCCGCGAACUGGACACGCUGCGGGGCAUCUUCCGCCAGCUGCCUGAGAGCUCCCUGGUCAAGGCCAUGGGCAACUGCGCGUGA